AUGAAAGCUUGUCAAGACUUGUUGAAUCAAGAUGGUCAUAUUAGAAAUGUUAUUCAAGUGCAAAGUUCAAGUCAAAGAAUGAAUAAUCGGUUACGACUCAAGAUUUCAAUUAACACUGUUUGUUGGUUAACACUACAAGCUUAUGCUUUUAGGGGUCACGAUGAAACUAGAAAAUCAAGAAAUCAAGGUAACUUUCUUGAGUUAUUGAAACUUUUAGCAUCCUACAAUGAUGAAAUUGCAAAAGUUGUGUUGGAAAAUGCUCCACAAAAUUGCAAGGUAAAAAAGAGUAUUCGUGAGGAAAUUGGUGAUUCUAAAUUUUGUAUCGUUGUUGAUGAAGCCCGUGAUGAGUCUAAAAAGGAACAAAUGGCUCUUGUAUUAAGAUUUGUUGAUAAAGUUGGUUUAAUACAAGAGAGAUUUUUUGACGUGGCACAUGUUAAAGAUACCACAUCCUUAACUCUUAAGGAAGCAAUAUAUGAUAUACUUUCUCGACAUAACCUUGAUGUUUCUAACAUUAGUGGCCAAGGUUAUGAUGGUGCUAGCAAUAUGAGAGGAGAAUGUAAUGGUUUACAAUCCCUCUUUAUGAAGGACUGUCCUUAUGCAUAUUAUGUUCAUUGUUUUGCUCAUCGAUUGCUACUUGCAUUAGUUACAUCAUCAAGAGAAGUCAAACUCGUUCAUAAGUUUGUUGAGAAGCUGAUCUUUAUUGUGAAUGUUGUUUGUUCUUCUACAAAGCGCCAUGAUGAGUUACAAGCUGCCCAAUUAGAAGAAAUUGCUUAUUUGUUAAAUAUUGAUGAGAUUGUAACUGGUAAAGGUGCAAAUCAAGCUGGUACAUUGAAACGAGCUGGAUAUACUCGUUGGGGGAUCACAUUACGAUUCUAUUUCUAG